GCUAUUCUACGAUAAAUGAACACCGCGCUGCUCCUUCCUUGACUAUCUUUUGACUAUGCGAAUCUCUGUGCUGUCUAUUAUGUACUCGUAACUGCUGGCUCUCCUUAAACAACCCGAUCGCUGUUAUCCGGGCACGGAAUUCUGCCGGAAAGCAAUACAACAUCAACACAAUCAAUAACACGCCAUGCCUCGUAAACUGACCCCGGAGCAAGAGGCAAUGAAGGUAGAGAGGUUUGAGCUCGGGGAUUUUGAGCUAGAAUGCCGUGCUCAGACAACAGACUGGUUUCUGAUGUAUCGGUGUAUUGGUGACGCCAAGAAUCCAGCAAUCUUGAAGCCGACCUGCUUUGGAGGUACCAUUCGGGGAUCGGAUGUACCUGUGGGUGAAGAGCACACCAUCACCCCGGCGAGAUAUUACAUCAUUUUCGUGGGCAUGUUCGGCGGUUCGGAAAGCUCGUCACCAUCGAACACGAACGCGCCGUUCAACGGGGGAAACUUCCCGCCCAUCUCCCUUGCUGAUCAGGUCAAUGCUCAGAAGAAGCUCUGCGACUUCUUGGGGAUCAAGAAACUGUUCGCUGUCGCGGGCUUUAGCAUGGGUGCUUGUCAAGCAUUCCAAUGGGGUGUACAAUAUCCCGACUAUAUGGACUUCAUCAUUCCCGUGUGCGGUUCCGCCCGAUGCAGUCCCCACAACUAUACGUUCCUCGAAGGUCCUAAAAAUGCCCUCUUGGCGGAUCAAAACUUCAAGGGUGGACAUUACACCACCGACGCAUUGCCUCGACUCGGAACAAAAGGCUUCGCAAGGGCGUAUUCAGGUUGGGGCUAUAGCAGUGCGUGGUAUACUCAGGGAAAGUUCCUGGAUCUCGGAUUUAAGGACCUUGAUGAUUACCUGGUGCAGGCCUGGGAUGGUUCCCUGGGCACAACGGAUGCAAAUGACCUGCUCUGCCUGACACGAACUUGGCAAACGGCCAACGUUGCCAAUAUUCCUCCCUACAACGGCGAUUUUGAAGCUGCUAUGAAGGCCAUCAAAGCGCGGGCUCUGGUCAUGCCAUGCACAACGGACCAAUACUUUGAGGCAGAGGCCAGCGAGAUCGAGGUCUCGCUCAUGAGUCCCGGAAUUGGCAUGUAUAAGCCCAUUGUCAGCAUCUAUGGACAUCAGGCUGGUGCGAACAGCAACCCGACUGACACCAAGUUCUUUAACGAGGCCGUCGCCGAGUUGUUUGCUGAGGUUGAGAAGAAGGCCUAG